GUGGCGGUAGCCUGUGAGGCUCUCCGUCUGCUGCAGAUCGAGCCCUUGGCCGUCGGCCCCGGCGCGGGGCGGGCGGGCGGUGCGGCGCCAUGCUCGAGGAACGCGCUGCGGAAGCUGAGGCGCUGGGAGCGGGUCCUGGCGGCCAAGAGGAGAAAGCGCUGGCAGGAGCGGGAGCGGAGCCGGGCUCGGCGCGCCGGGAGCUCAGGCGCUGUCGGCCGGGACAGCGGGAGGGUCGCGGCCGCUCUGGCGAAGGAACGGCUUCUGGAGGCGCGGGCGUCGGGGCCCCGGCUCUGCGUGGACCUCGGGCUGGCCCACUGCAUGUCGCAGAAGGAAACAAGCCGCCUCGCCUCCCAGAUCAGGAGACUCUACGGGGCAAACAGGCGGGCCGAGAAGCCAUUCUGGCUAUGUCUGACAGAGUUUGUGGUGGGAUCGUUGAUCUAUGAGGAGUGUUUUCGCAUGAACGACGGCUUCUCCAAUUAUUUGAUGGAUACAACUCAAGAAAGUUACCUGGACCUGUUUCCUUUAGAUUCAAUUGUUUAUCUCACUCCUGACUCUGAGAAUGUCCUUGAAGAUAUUGAUCCAAGUAAAGUGUAUGUCCUUGGAGGCCUGGUGGAUGAAAGUAUUCACAAGAAGCUGACUCUGCAAAGGGCACAGGAGCAGUCCUUGCAAACAGCCCGCCUCCCCAUCCGUGAGUACAUGGUGAAAACUGCCAACACAAAGAACUACCACUCGGAGACACUGGCAAUUAAUCAAGUCUUUGAUGUCUUGUCAACUUACUAUGAGACCCGAAGCUGGCCAGCAGCCUUGAAAGCUGGAGUGUCUUCUGGAAAAGGCUAUGUGCUACCAGAUGCAGUGAAAUAAAUGGAAAUACCUCAGCAUGACAAUGCCCAAGAAAACUUUAUUUUGUGAUGUCGAGGAGCUGUGCAGGCAAGAGAGGCAAACUCCAAAUUUCAAGCAGAGGCACCAGCAUGGAUGUGCAUAGAGAAAACAGCUCUGCUUAAAUCUUCUUUAUGGACCUUGUUGAGAGUGACACAUUUCUGCCUCAGCAGUACAAUGCUGGAAAUGACUUUUCCCCUUUCUGAACAGAAAACAAAAGCAGAUGGAGCCCUGGGAUCACGUAAAAACUGACAGGAAUCAGUUUUGCAGCUUUGCAGGUGCUUGUUACAGUGUUUCUGACUCUUGCAUCUAUACUUGUUCUGGGACUGGUAGGAGAGCUUUAAGGUAUUUCAUCUUGAUUAAACAGUAGAGUGAAGUUAGAAAUGCAAAACUCACUGGCAGGGAAAAUUCUUCCUGUGGAAAAGGACAGCGUUGGUCCAGUUGGGGAGCACAAGAUGGGAAGUGAUUCCUCAGUGGAGAAACAGUUCUCAAGUGCCCCAUGUCCUAAUGAUGUUGAAUUGAAGACUUGGUGAGUUCUUGAAGCCUAUAGCUAAUCCUGUGCGUCUAAUCUAAAAUAAAAUGUUGAAACUCC